AUAUGAGGUCUUUCGUCUUCUGUUGUUCCCAAAAGCACACUUGUACAGAUUCUUCCUGACAGCUCAUCACACAGUUGACCUUAAGCCUGCAGGAUGUGCGAUCAAACCUUUUUAGCUGUCCUAUUUGGGCCAUGUGCCAAAUGCAAGAGAGAAAGACCGUUAAGGACAAUUUACGUCAAAGCAGAGGCAGUAACGUACUGUUCACUAUGUGUGGAAAUGAUGGCAACCGAAGGGCUGCAAGAGAAUGAAACCAUGUCCUCUCUGAAGAAUGAAGCAGAGAGCCUGAAGGAGAAGCUGGAGGAAGAGAGGGCUAAACUGCAUGAUGUGGAAUUGCACCAAGUUGCUGAGCGAGUGGAGUCACUUGGCCAAUUUGUUAUGAAGACAAGAAGAACAUUAAAAGGUCAUGGCAAUAAAGUUCUCUGCAUGGACUGGUGCAAAGACAAAAGAAGGAUUGUCAGCUCAUCCCAGGAUGGAAAAGUGAUUGUCUGGGAUGCUUUUACCACCAACAAGGAACAUGCGGUUACCAUGCCUUGUACUUGGGUAAUGGCCUGUGCUUACGCUCCAUCUGGAUGUGCAAUUGCAUGUGGGGGAUUAGACAAUAAAUGUUCAGUAUACCCUUUGACAUUUGACAAGAAUGAAAACAUGGCUGCAAAGAAAAAGUCUGUGGCAAUGCACACCAACUACCUCUCUGCCUGCAGCUUCACUAACUCCGACAUGCAGAUCCUGACAGCCAGUGGAGAUGGAACAUGCGCUCUGUGGGAUGUGGAGAGCGGACAACUACUGCAGAGCUUUCAUGGACACGGUGCUGAUGUUUUGUGCCUGGAUCUGGCACCUUCUGAAACAGGAAAUACCUUUGUGUCUGGGGGCUGUGACAAAAAGGCAAUGGUAUGGGACAUGCGGACAGGGCAGUGCAUCCAAUCGUUUGAAACCCACGAGUCUGACAUAAACAGUGUCAGAUACUACCCAAGUGGAGAUGCAUUUGCUUCUGGUUCAGAUGAUGCCUCGUGCCGACUGUACGAUCUUCGGGCUGAUAGAGAAGUGGCCAUUUAUUCCAAAGAAAGCAUCAUUUUUGGAGCUUCCAGUGUGGAUUUUUCUCUUAGUGGCCGUUUGCUGUUUGCCGGAUAUAAUGACUACACAAUAAAUGUGUGGGAUGUUCUUAAAGGAUCACGAGUAUCCAUUUUAUUUGGCCAUGAAAACAGAGUCAGCACUUUGCGUGUUUCGCCAGAUGGAACUGCUUUCUGUUCAGGAUCAUGGGAUCAUACUUUAAGGAUCUGGGCUUGAGCCUUGUGCCCCCCUUUUCACAAGAAGCAAACUGCAAAGGAUGUGAUAAAUGUAUUGCUGUAGAUUAUAUACACUGUCAAGGCAAAUGUACUGCAGGGCACAGAUCAUGAAAUGCUGCUGGUUUCUAAAACAUAUCAGCUUGGUCAUAUCUCUGUCGUACGUUCUAGCUGUGCAACACUACCUACUAACAUUUGUAUUUAAUUACACAUGACAGGACAUUGGUUUGCCCCUUUUGGGCCAAAUAUUAAUUAACUGGGCAUUUGUUUUCAAAGUUGUUUUGCAAUUAGAAAGGGUAACAUCUCUUAAAGUGGUACUGACACAUCUAUAGGUCCUGUACAUAUAUUUUUGUGAUAUAGAUUACAGCUGGUUAAGAAUAUGACUGGGGCAUUUGUCUGGAAGCAUGGCCAUUUUCCACAUAUUUGCUGGUGGGCAGUUAUUAGGGUGACAAAUGCAUGAUACAUUCUGCUUAGACAUUGGCUACUGCUGUAUUUUAAUAUAACUAAAUGAGCUUUCACUCACUUUGUAUGUGUUGCCAGCAUUGCAUCUGUAUAAUGUGAUUCUACUGUGUAUAACAAUUCUACUGUGUGAAAUGGCUAAGCAUAGCAAACUGCACAGGGCUACGUUUUAUAGUAUGAAUACACACAGAACAUGUGCAGGUAUUAGAAAGCCCCCUGAAGAAGAAGACUGUUGCUCAGUGAUAAAAAAAAAAGUCUAUUCAUUGCAUACUUAAAAUGCAGAGACUUAAAAUGCAGUACAAAAUGUUGCUACAUCUCUAAUAAGAAGAGCCAAACUCCUAGACAAAUGAAUGACUUUCCAAAUUCUGGAAGCUGUAGAUCUGAUAUAGGUGGAGAGCUACAUAUUGCAGAUAGCUGCCUCAGACAUAUCCUAUAUAUAUAUAUAUAUAUAUAUAUAUAUAUAUAUAUAUAUAUAUAUAUAUAUAUAUAUAUAUAUAUAUAUAUAUAUAUAUAUAUAUAUAUAUAUAUAUAAUAGUAUGGUAGGCAGAAUGAAUCAGUGUUAUUGAUAGUCAUUAAAGAAGACAUGUCAGACUUUUAGCCCUACAGCUCGUUGUAUUUCCCAAUAACUAUAUUGGUGUGUAUUUGACAUGCCCAUAACAUAUAAAAUAUAUUUAUUCCCA